CACUUCUCUACAUGCGAUGGCGAGAUCGCAGUGAAGACUGGCCCUUCAGGUUUCCCCUGAUAGUACACGUAGCAUUUAUGCUGUGUGCGCUGUUUCUGGUCGUGGUGCCCUUCUGGGAGCAACCAAUCAAGAAUCUAAUCGGAGUAGGAUUCUUGGCCGUCGGGGCAAUAGUCUAUGCAAUCUUCAUAGCAUGGAAGCCACGUGUACUAAUAAAACUCAACGAUGGACUUACAAUCUUUUUCCAAGUGUUCUUAGAAACGUCCUUUACCGAAGAGUAUGCGAAGACAGGGUCCGAGUAAUUUGAAACAUUGGAGUCAUCUGGCAAUAUGACACUUUAGUGUUGACUCUACGGCAACGAAACCUAGGAAAUCGUUCGAAUGUUUACUUGCUUGCGUUGUUGAUGUUUUAUCUUGGCAAAAAAGUGUUUGUUAAUGAGGAAUUAUGCGUUUGAUGCCCAUAUAUGAACGAGCCAUUUUGGAAGAAAUAGUAAUCCUCUGUCUAGACCUUAUCAUCAUUCUUCUCAUGAAUCGUUUUAGUGCUUUCAUUGCGUUCCGGUUGACUUCUAUGACCGAAAUACACAAAAUAUAUCUGAUGUAUUACGGAUCCAUGAUAAUUAAAAUGGUUCAAUCCAGCACCAUGUAAAUACCCACCACCAUUCCCUCUACAUUAAACACAAACACACCAACAACUCGCGCGGGCCCAUAUUAUUGUAACUGUAAAUACAUGAAAACCAACUAAUAUUUUGUUUGACCGAGCAUGCGCGAAGUCAAGUCUUAAAAAGGUUCGGGUAGAUUUUGGCUCCUUUGUCUAAGAUUAUUUAAAGUGAAAUGCGGAUAGUUGUUUUGUCGUAACAUUCUACUCAUGAAGAUGUGCUUUCUAUCUAAUCGUAAGUCAAUCACAUCGUAAUUCAAUUGGCGAUUAGUGAAAAAGUACAAACAGAAAUUCGGCAAGAGUAAUUUGACAUAAAAACGUCUCUUCCAAUAUUACCCUUUAGUACAUACAUGUAUAAGCAGAGAGUUAUAUAUACAACGCGGCACUAUAUGGAGCGCAUAUAUAGAUAAGGGGAAAAAAUAAUAGAAGCGGGGAUAACAAAUACUCAAAUUGAUCUAAAUAAAAUUCUUCUUACUAUUGGA